CGGAAGUCAAAACGGUGAUGGAAUGACUUUGCUCACAGCGCAUGCUUCAGAAAUACGCUCUCUCCACGCUGUUCUCAAAUCGAUUGGCUUUUCAAAGACAGCUAUUCUGCAUAUUAGAGAAGCGGGGCUGCAACUCUCCGUAGAGGUUGGACUCGAAAUGGUUGCUAAUGCCUACAUACCGUCAUCAUACUUUGAUGAAUACACGUACAACAGCGACGAAGAAUCAAUUAGUAUGGAAAUUUCUAUCAGUUCGUUGAUAGAGACUAUGAAUAUCUAUGGUACAGCUACUUUCACGUCCGAUUUACAUUCUUCUGAACAGGGUGGUUUAAUUGGUACGACUCAGCUAAAGUUGAGCUACGAAGGGUAUGGUUACCCAUUGGUAUUAGAUAUAAUCACACCACCAUUGGAUCAACAGGAUGGUAGCAUAUGGGCACCGAUGACAACGGUAGAGCUCAAAACAUACGAUAGAGAUGACAGGGAUAUUCUUCCCUUUGAUCAUGAGAACCUACAAAUGAAAGUUAUCAUGCACUCAGGCUGGCUCUUAGAUGCGCUGUCGGCUCUCGACCCCCAUGUUCAGGUUUUAACCUUGACGUCUCCAGCUGAUGCUAGUAGGAAUGCAGCUGCACUCAGAUUGUCGGCAAUAUCAGAAACAGCUUCGCUAGAAUUCGACUUCCCGGAGACUGAAAUGGCUGCCACACGUGAGGAUGGACCUAUUGACAGUAUAUCCAGAUGGAUAGACGGUAUCGUCAGCGAGAAAUACAAAGCAAGUCACCUCAUGCACGCCUUGAAGGCUAUACAGGCGUCUCACAAAACAUCCCUUCGUAUAAAUGACGAUGGUGUGCUUAGUUUACAAGCCAUGGUUCUUGACGCCCACAAAAAGCAGGCGUUUGUCGAUUUCGUCUGCAGACCAGUGGAAGCUGAUGAGGAUGACUUUUAAUAACGCGUUAUUGUAGCACUAAUUGUAUUAUACUUCUUAUUCC